AUGGCUGCUGAUCAUCAAAAUUCCAUCACUUUCACGAAUAUUAUGGGGCAGGGUCGCAUAAAUCAACUAGGUGGUGUUUUUAUCAAUGGUCACCCUCUUCCACAGCACAUUCGAUUGAGAAUUGUGGAAAUGGCUUCAAGCGGAGUAAAACCAUGUCAUAUCAGCAGGCAGUUACGUGUAUCCCAUGGAUGUGUAUCCAAAAUUCUAUACAAAUAUGCAGAAACUGGAUCUGUUUCUCCUGGCCAAAUUGGCGGCAACUCGCGAUCAAGAAAAGCGCUUGUAGCAGUUGAAAAUCAUAUUAUUCGAUUAAGGAACAAAUAUCCUCUUAUGAAUGCCAAUCAAAUUCGUUUUUAUUUAAUUGAGAAAGGCAUAUGUUCAAAAUCCAACGUUCCUACUGUAUCUUCGAUCCAUAAGUCAAAUUUGAAACAUUUGUCAGAAAAUGGACCAUCGAAGAUUUCUUGCAUUAAACAUAGCAUUGACGACAUUCUUGGUGAUAACAAAGAUUUCGAAGAAUGCCGAGAAAGUUUACCAAGUCGAAUUCGUCGCAAUCGUACGAAUUUUUCGCAAGAACAACUAGCAAUUUUAGAGGCUGCAUUCAAAUCAAAUGCAUAUCCAGGUCAAGAACUGAGAGAGAAAAUUUCCUUGGCUACAAAAUUAGAUGAGAGUAAAAUACAGGUAUGGUUCAGCAAUAGAAGAGCGAGAUGCCGGAAAUCGUUAGCAACUAAUUCAGCAAAUCCAUUGUUGCUUAAUCAAAGCAAUUAUAUAAUACCGCCUUUUCAUAAUAUGGUACUCAAUUUUUGGUUUUUUUGCGGUUUAAUGGAAAUAUUCUUUAAUCAUGCUUUAUCACAAAUGUUUUAG